UGACCCGAUGUUCAGGACUAAAGAACCUCAGUCUCCACUGGGACGUUGAACGGAGUCGAAUAGUCCGCGUGGCGAUCUAGAGAGAAAAAAAGUAUCGGUGCUUACCGUCAACACCGUCGAUAUACCGCAGAAAUAAACCGCCAAGGAUUCAGUGAAACAACGUAGCGAAAUAAGGGCUGGAAUUCGAGUACGUCCGCGUGCGUUAUAAAAAAAACAAAGUGACGCAGGGGGUGCGAAGAUCUUGAUAUCGAAUCGUCGCCACACAAAUCGCAUAAUAAAUUCCGUCGGUUGGUUCGCCGGUGCAUUCGGAGUGCAGCAUAACAACCCCUCGACCAAAGUAGAUCCUUACCACCCCGGAAUAAAAAUGAUGCAAAUGUCGAUGAGCAGCAGCGAACACGCAGGCGGCGCCGGUGGUCUCGGCGUCGGAGUUUUACCCUUCGACGGGAUGGGACUCUACGAGCAACCCAGACCCAGGCUCGUCUUCAAGAUGCCACGCGUAGUUCCGGAACAAAAGACUAAAUUCGAAACCGACGAAUUGUUCAGAAGACUCAGCCGCGAGAGCGAGGUCAGAUACACCGGGUACCGGGACAGACCCUCGGAGGAGCGACAGGGUCGUUUUCAAAACGGAUGUCGCGAAGGUCACACGGAAAUCGCUUUCGCAGCAACCGGGACGAAUCUUCAACUAGUUUUUACCCCCGCUUCCGCCGGCUUUGGUGGCGAUCCGAGAGAGUGCGAUUUUGACAAGGAACACGGAAAGGUUCACCUCAGAUCCCAGUUGAUCAUGAACGGAGUGUGCGUGAGAUGGCGAGGAUGGUUGGACCUCGAGCGUCUCGACGGUGUCGGUUGUUUGGAACUCGACGAGGAACGCGCUGCCCAGGAAGACGCGAUUUUGCGCGAUCAAAUCGAAGGAUACAAUCGAAGGCUCCGCGACUUCGACGAUAAACAGCGUGUCUACAGAACGGGUGCCGCUCAAGCCUCCCAUUUGAAUCAUCAUCACCAUCACGGUCACCACGGUCACCACGUGUCGUCCGGCGGAGCGCCGAGCGUCGAACCUCAUCUGGCCCAUCGCGAUCCCGAGAUGGAGCUGAGAUUGGGAAUGCAACACCAACACCAACAACAGCAGCAGCAACAACAACAGCAACAACAACAAGCGGCAGCGGUCGCUAGGUGCCACACGGGUCAAAAUCAACGUCAUCUCGGUCUUCAGCCAAAUCUGCAAGCGAGAAAGAAGAAUGACUUGAGUCACGGUCAUCACAACUAGGCCGAUUCUACUUUAUUAUACCUAGGUAUAAUAUAAUUCUUGUUUCCGUUGUUACAGUUCUUCGUUUUCUUUAUUUUUCUUUCGUUACUUGGCAAUAUGGCAUUGCCGGCUAUAUACCAAAAAUCUGCAUGUGUAUUUAUCAUCUUAUGUAUAUCAUUAUACAUCUCCAAGUACCGCAAAUUUGUAUCGCAAUUCGUCAGAAUAAAAAUAAAAGAUCUCAGGUGAACGUCUGAAAAUAUGUGAAAA